CGUUUACCAAAAAAAGAGAAAAAUAGGAAACUCAGUCUCGGUCUCUAUCUCUCUCUCUCAAAGGCGAUGUUGAUGAAAAUUGCUGAGACCCACACCGGCGAAGCCACAGCAUCGUCUUAGAUCGAAUCAGGUUUUUGGAUUCCAUGUGUGGGGGUUUGCCAUUAUAGUUCAAUUUUGGUGGCUUUUGAAGCUACCUUCAAGUUUGUGCCUCACCGAUUCCCUUCAAUGCCAAAUAGUGAUUGUAGCAGGCGAAGAGUUAUGUUAAUGCCGGUCUGAUGAAAAUUUUGGAGCUGGGCUCUGGCAAAGAGGUUGGAUAUACUGCAAAUACAAAUGGGCGUGCGCUAUAUAGCCAUCUCGGCGCUGUCUACGGUGCUAAGCUUUGUGGGUUUGCAAUUCUGGACGGAAUUGUCUUUAGAUAAGCUAAAGUCAGAUGGACUAAUUGGUGAGAAUUUUAUUCACUCGGAGAAUGCAAGCCGUGUCAUCGAGCUGCUUUUGGGUUCUUAUGCCACCAUUGGACUGCUGACGAAUUUUGUACUCAAUGUAUUUAUUUUCCUUGUUCUUUGUCUAAAGAAUAUAUUCUUUGUGGAGUUGUAUCCGUCAGAAACUCGGAAACUGUUGGAACGUCUUAUCAAUUAUGUUAUUUACAAGGGGAUGUUUCUACCUCUGGUUGUUCCACCAACAAUAUACCAAGCAGGCUUGUGGUCAAUAUGGUUGACUGUUAUUUGCUCUCUAAAGAUGUUUCAAGCUUUGGCCAGAGAUAGACUUGAACGUUUGAAUGCCUCUCCUUCUGCUACACCAUGGGCAUAUUUUCGUGUAUAUUCAGUCUUAUUACUGGUCCUCUCCGUUGACUUUUUAUGGAUUAGGCUGUGUCUGGUAAUAUAUAAAGCUCUGGGUUCAUCCAUGUUUCUGUUGUUAUUCUUUGAGCCUUUCAGUAUUGCUUUUGAGACACUUCAGGCUAUUUUAGUUCAUGGAUUUCAGUUGCUUGAUGUAUGGCUGCAUCAUUCAGCAGGGAGCAGUGAAAAUUGCCAAAGGUUCAAAUUUUUUGAUACAUCAGCAGCAGGUUCAUUAUCAGAAUGGAAAGGCAUUCUCAUUCGGAAUUUGGGGUUUUCCCUAGACAUGGCAACAUUGUUAAUGGCACUCGGUCAUUAUGUGCAUAUUUGGUGGCUGCAUGGCAUGGCAUUUCAUCUUGUGGACGCCGUCCUCUUCCUAAAUAUACGUGUAAAUAUUUGUGCCUUGCUAAGUGCUAUUUGGAAGCGUGUAAAAGGAUUUAUCAAAUUGAGAAAAGCUUUAGGUGCUCUCCAUGCUGCCCUUCCUGAUGCAACAACUGAAGAGCUACAAGCAUAUGAUGAUGAAUGUGCCAUCUGUAGGGAACCAAUGGCUAAGGCUAAAAAGUUACUCUGCAAGCAUCUUUUUCAUCUUGCAUGCUUGAGAUCUUGGUUGGAUCAAGGUUUAAGUGAGACUUAUUCAUGUCCCACUUGUCGAAAGCCGCUUUUUGUUGGCAGACCUGAAAUUGAAGCCAACCACGGUACUGGAGAAGUUUCUAGCGAUGAGCAGCUUGCCCAUCAAAUAAGUGCUGGACUUGAUCGUCAAAACUCUUCUGGACAUACCCUACCAACUGGAGUAUUCCCUGGUCAGACACAGAACCUUAUGGAAGGCGGUCCUUGGAGGAGUGGGGGACUGGAUUCAAGUUGGUUGCAUGCUUGGCCUAACCAAGGUAUUGAUGGAGCUGGACCCUCUACUGCUGGCAGAUCAGUUGGAUUAGGGAGAGUCCAGAUGAUGAUGAGGCAUCUUGCAUCUGUAGGAGAAACCUACGCCCAGACUGCCCUUGAAGAUGGUGCUUGGAGCCUUUGGCCUGUGAAUCCCUCUCAGGCUGCUGCAACUGGUACACCCAUCCCUCCUGCUGCUGCUGGAAGAUACCCUGGAGGAGGUGGUGGUUUACGUAUGAGGACUACUCCACACCCUGCAAAUGACAACUUAGCCAACAUACUUGCCAUGGCUGAGACGGUACGCGAAGUUUUGCCACACAUGCCUGAUGACAUAAUUUUCCAGGACUUGCAGCGAACAAAUUCUGUCACUGUUACCGUGAAUAAUCUUCUCCAAAUGUGAGUAUAUAUUAUGCCCUCUUUUGUUGUAAGAAGCUGUGAGUUCUCAAACGAGGUUCCUGGUUCAUCCCAUACCAAAUAUCUGAAGGUUUCUUGGCAUGCACAACCUGUGGUUGGUCAAUUCACCUGACUUUUUUCUUGGUUUUUUUUUCCUUACUAAUUUAUGUUCCCCCCCGCCCCCUCCCCCUUCCUUUAGAAAUACAUUAAUUCUUCUUGCGCUGUAUAUAAAGGCAACUCGCUCAAUCAGUUGUAUUUGUGAAAGAAGAAAAAAAGUGCAGUUAUUAUAGUCCUUUUUUGGUUUCCUCUAAGAAAAUAAAAUUGCUAUACCAUGAAAAUGUGGGUGGUCU